UGAGAAUUUGUGAACAAGAUGGCGAUGUCUAUCGUGCGAUUAGGAUUAAGAUCUAUAAUUAAUAUCGAAAGAAAUGCAGCUGUUUUAACUGUGACCAGUGUUCCUAAGCAAAUAAAAUUACUCCACACGAAGCCAGCGUGUAACGGCAGCGUAUGCUACUUAGGGGAUCUCCCCCGCGAUAGGGAACUUCGAUCAGACAGAGGAUCCGCACUCCGGAGGUACAGCAAGCACCACGGACGUCCCGAAGAGGACCGGCGGAAACAGUCUGAUAGCGACUCCGAUUCCGAUUCUGAUACAGAGUGCAAGGGGUAUGAUCGAUCGGAGUUCUGGCGUCGCAAGAUGCGCACUGUCCACAACAUUCUUGACGUGGACAAGGAUGGUCUGAUCUCAUUUAACGACUUCAUACUCUUCGCUGAGCGGUUCAAGUCUUUGGGGCACUUGACUGACCAACAGGCGGAGGAGUUUACCAGUAUUAUAAAGCUAACAUGGGAAGAGCAGUGGGGCGCAAUAGACCCGUACAACUUCGUCACCGUGGAACAGUACCUGGAGGACAUGCAUCAUGUGCUGAAUGACAAGUCUCUGAAGAAGAAGGCGUACCGGUGGCUGCCAUAUUUGUUCAAAGCGGUUGAUAAGGACAAGUCCGGCUUCAUAUCAGUCCACGAGUUCAAGUUGUUUUUCAAGUGUUUGGGGCUGGACAAUGAGAAGGCAGCCGUCGCCUUCGCAGUCAUAGACGUUAAUGGGGAUGGGAAGCUAUCACAAAAAGAAUUCGUGAAGUUAGGCAAGGAGUUCUUCUGCACAGAAGACGAGAAGAGGGUGUCCAAAAUGUUCUGGGGACCACUAAUCAACUAA